AUGAUCACGGGCUGGAAAGAUCUCCCAAACGAGGUAAGUUUCCACUUCACUUUAACUCAUGCAAAUCUUCCUUGAAUUUUUUGCACUGUUUUUUUUCCUCGAUUUUACAUAUUUUAUUACUACCAGGUGCAAUAGAUUGAAUUCUUUCCUUAUGUACUUAUAUUUUUAGAUACGGCGGAAUAUAUUCAAUUAUAUUGAAAACAUUGACACUAUGGCAUCGUUAGAUAAAACCGUUUACAAAUGCAUCAACCGAGACUUUAAAGAAAUGUGUUAUCGAGACGGAAUCUACAGGUUUAAUCAAGAAACUUGGGCUACCGCUUUCAGUUUGUACGUUUCCCUACUGUAUUUUUUCAUAAAAUAGUGUUGUUGGUGUUAGCAUACGGAGAUGGUAGUAAGGUGUAAAUAAUGACUGGCACACCGUUAUGCACAGCAGAAAAUAAUGACUGACCUUUUAUAACUAUACUUUUACCCAACCCUUGUGGCUUAUCCUUGCGCUGCUCUAAUUUCUUUGUUUUAGGACGCAGUAUCGCGCCUUUUAUUCCUUUGAAUCUAGCGUGUUCAACUGUCCUUAUACUGGAAAGGUUGUGUUUUACUUGAAGCCUCAUCAUGUCAUUCUUUCUCACAUCGACUUUUCCCACUUAAAAUUCGAAUAA